AUGGAUAUAAUAUUAUCUUAUUAUUUUUGGCAAUCACAUCUCGAUGGAUUGAAUUUAGAAUGUCGUAUUAUGUUAUCUUUUGAUCGACAUCGUUUAUUGACUGAUCAAAAUUCAGGUUUAGUUCAUCUUAUUGGUAUUUCAUUUGAUUAUGCUUUUUCACAAGAUGUUACGCCAUUUCAACUAGGUCUUACCAUGUUUUAUACAUUUUUAUAUAAAUGA